AGGGGGCCCCGCUUGCCCUGGAGGUGGGAGGGAGAGGGAAGGUUGGGGGGCGCUGCUUCCCUCCUUUGAACCCGACUCCGGGCCCCGAGCGGCGGGGAGGGGAGCCGAGGGCAGCCCUCCAGCCACAGCCGGCGGGUCUCGCCCCCCCCCUCCCCUCCCCUCCCCUCCCCCUCCAGCCAGGCAAGAUGGCGGCGGCAGGAGGCGGUGCUGAGGGGAGGGGGGAUCCCGCCUGAGACACCCACCCACGCGCGCGGGCGGGCGCGCGGGCGGCUCGGGCUCCCGUUAGGAUGAGAUAAGGGGCGCCGGGACUGGCUCGCGACGCGCUCGCUCCAUCGCGCAGGGCGGGAGGCGGAGGAGGAGGCAGCAGCAGCGGCAGCCGCCGCCCAGCCCCGGCCUGAGAUAUAACUUUUUGUGAUGGAAGAUGGAAGACAAAGGCGUUCGUGUUGCUGACUACUUUGUUGUAGCAGGAUUGACAGAUAUUUCAAAACCACUAGAAGAAGAAAUCCACUUCAAUGAUGCUUGCCAUAAAAUAGCUAAACCAAAAGAACCUAUCACUGAUGUGACAGUAAUUAUUAAAUCUCUGGGAGAGGAAGUGCCUCAGGGAUAUAAAUGCAUAGAUGUUACUCCUUCAGGACUAUCAGGAGAUCUCAAUAAUGGGAGUCUUGUGGGUCCACAGAUAUUCCUUUGCUACAGGAGAGGAAGGGACAAGCCUCCACUUACUGAUCUGGGGGUUUUAUAUGAUGGGAAAGAGAGAUUAAAACAGGGCUGUGAAAUCAUUCAAGCCACUCCCUAUGGUCGUCCUGCAAACAUUAGUGGCAGUGCCUCAUCACAAAGAGUAUACAUCACUUACCGAAGAGCCUCUGAAAACAUGACCCAAAACACUUUGGCUGUCACAGAUAUAUGUAUAAUUAUACCGAGUAAGGGAGAAAGCCCUCCACAUACAUUCUGCAAGGUUGACAAGAAUCUUAAUAACAGUAUGUGGGGCUCAGCAGUAUACCUAUGUUAUAAAAAGUCUGUGGCAAAAACCAAUACCAUAUCAUAUAAAGCUGGUUUAAUAUGCAGAUAUCCUGAAGAAGACUAUGAGUCAUUCCCAUUACCAGAAUCGGUGCCUCUUUUUUGUCUACCCAUGGGUGCAACUAUUGAGUGUUGGCCAUCUAGUAGUAAAUACCCCCUUCCGGUUUUUUCUACAUUUGUACUAACUGGAGCUUCAGCUGAAAAGGUAUAUGGUGCUGCUAUUCAAUUCUAUGAACCAUAUCCUGAGGAGAAUCUCACAGAAAAACAGAAAUCUCAGUUAGGGUUAGCAACUACUGGAGAUGGGAAGUCAGAUAACUCCAAAACAGUUCAGACUAAUAAAUGCAUUUGUCUGCUCUCUCACUGGCCUUUUUUUGAUGCUUUCAAGAAGUUUCUUACCUUUCUUUAUCGUUAUUCCAUCUCUGGUCCUCAUGUCCUACCUAUUGAGAAACAUAUUUCGCAUUUUAUGCACAAAGUUCCUUUUCCAUCCCCUCAGAGGCCAAGAAUUUUAGUUCAGCUAUCGCCACAUGAUAACCUGAUUCUUAGUCAGCCAGUGUCAUCACCUCUACCACUGAGUGGUGGCAAGUUUUCUACACUGCUUCAGAACCUAGGGCCCGGGAAUGCAGUAACUUUACUUGUAUUUGCUGUAACAGAACAUAAAAUUCUCAUCCAUUCCUUACGACCGUCUGUCCUUACUAGUGUGACAGAGGCAUUAGUCUCGAUGAUAUUUCCUUUCCACUGGCCAUGCCCAUACAUUCCUCUUUGCCCCUUGGCACUGGCAGAUGUGUUAAGUGCACCAUGUCCAUUCAUAGUAGGAAUUGAUUCAAGAUACUUUGAUCUGUAUGAUCCCCCACCAGAUGUUAGCUGUGUUGACCUAGAUACCAACACCAUUUCUCAAACUGGAGAUAAGAAAACUAUUUCGUGGAAGAUCUUACCAAAGAAACCUUGCAAAAAUCUGAUGAACACUUUAAAUAACUUGUAUCAACAACUGGCAGAAUUGCAGCAAAGACCAAGAGAAGAUGCAUUAAUGGAAUUAGCAAUGAAUGACUAUGAUUUUAAUUCGGGGAAGAAGUUGCAUUUGUUAGAUAUGGAGAUCCAGGAGGCAUUUCUUUGUUUCAUGGCUUCAUUAUUAAAAGGUUAUAGGUCAUACCUAAGGCCAAUAACACAGGCACCUUCUGAGACCGCCACAGAUGCAAGUUCCCUCUUUGAACUACAAGGGUUCUUAAAAAGUAGAGAUCGGUCACAUCAAAAAUUCUACACAUCAAUGACCAAAACUCAAAUGUUUAUUCGCUUCAUUGAAGAAUGUUCCUUUGUUAGUGAUAAGGAUGCAAGCCUUGCAUUUUUUGAUGAUUGUGUAAAUAAAGUAGAUAUGGACAAGAGUGGUGAAACACGGCUUAUAGAGUUGGAUGAGUCCUACAAGAGUGAACACACAGUUUUCAUAACGCCACCUGAGAUCCCUCACCUACCUAAUGGCGAAGAGCACCCUUUGCAGUACAGCUAUAGUGGAUUUCCUGUGCUGAAACUAGAUUUGUUUGACCAACCUGAGGGGUUCCUGACUACACCAAAUAACAAAUUGUCUUCAAAAGCCAGUAGUCCCAACAGCCCAUCCCCAAUGUUCAGGAGAACAAAACAGGAAAUAAAGUCAGCCCAUAAGAUAGCUAAGAGGUACUCCUCCAUUCCUCAGAUGUGGUCCAGGUGUUUGCUGCGUCACUGCUAUGGCCUAUGGUUUAUCUGCCUUCCUGCAUAUGUGAAAGUAUGCCAUUCAAAAGUCAGGGCUCUGAGAACUGCAUAUGAUGUGCUGCGAAAAAUGCAUACAAAAAAGAUAGAUCCCCCUGAUGAGGUAUGUUAUCGGGUGCUUAUGCAGCUGUGUGGGCAAUAUGGCCAGCCUGUGCUUGCAGUGAGAGUCCUUUUUGAAAUGAAAAAAGCCGGUGUUGACCCUAAUGCCAUUACAUAUGGUUACUAUAAUAAGGCUGUUUUGGAAAGCACCUGGCCUUCAAGUAACAGAAGUGGCUAUUUCCUGUGGACGAAGAUAAGAAAUGUUGUAUUAGGAAUAGCGCAGUUUAAAAAAGCUUUAAAAAAACUACCUGUCAACAUACCACAAACAGCUCUUUCCGGGGGACUUUCAGAUCUUGGCAGUAACUUGUUAUUUAAAGAAGAAUUUAGGCAAGGGGAAACGUCUGUUCAAGAUAUAAACAAACAAAAAGAGGACAAGAGAGAGAGUGAUUCCAGUUCUUUGUCUGAAACAGAGAGUGCAAAAGGGAGUGGUGACUGUCUUUCCAAGCUAAAUUAUCAAAAUUCAAGUAGCACUUCAAUUCAAGUAGCAAAAGCCACUUCUAACAUAGUACGACUCAAUGGUACCAUUGAUAAUGCUGACAGUACAGCUGGGGAAGUCAGCACUGAAAGCCCAGCAGGGUUGCUGUUCACAUCCACUUUUGAGGAUACCAAUGAAGCAGGAGUUAUUCAAAGUAAAACCUUAAGAAAGAGACAUAAAAGUGCUGUGGAACCUGACCUAAAACAGAUGGCAUGGGGAAGCAGGAACCGUAAUCUGAGUGGAGAUGCCCUGAUGGGGCUCAUGAUAAAUAGAAUUAACCAGCAUGCAAGCCCUGAAGACAUUGUUGAAAAAUUAGGAGCUGAUGCAAAAAUACUAUCUAAUGUAUUCCAGAAGAGCAUAAGGCCAAAUAGUCUUGACAUCAGGAAGUCAUCUCUAGGGUCUAAGAGAGAAAGUAUGGAGAAGGAAUCUAGUGAUGAAGAGGUACCUUUCUAUGGCAGUUUUGCAAUUAAAACAGAGUCUCCUGUUAUCUUUGAUUUAGAAGACUUGGAUGCUGAACCUGACACAGCUAAUGUAAAGCCUAAGAGGUUACAGCGUAAUAGCAGCUUUCUAAUAAAACCAGUUGAAAAAACAGAUGUGGAAACUGGAUUUGAUCCCCUCUCAAUGCUGGUUGCUGAGACAGAGCAACGGAAAGAAGAUGAUGAAGACGAUGACGACAAAAGUGUUUCAACACCGUCUGCAAGGCGAGAUUUAGCUGAAGAAAUAGUGAUGUACAUGAACAACAUGAGUAGCCCUUUAACAAGCCGUGCACCAAGCAUUGACUUGCAAAAAAUAUACGAUGACAAAAAUGGUAGUAAAAAGAGUCCAACAGUCACCCAGCCAUGCAGAAGAUCCAGCCUUCCCCCAUACUCCCCCAGGCCAGUGAGUCUUACCAAAUCCAAAAGUUAUCACAUAAAAAAUGAAGAAAGGCCAAGGGACAGGCUUUGGUCCUCUCCAUCGUACACUCCAAACAGUCCAGCAAGGGAACAGUCGCAGGACAUGGCUGGUGCAUUAACUCUAGUGUCUCCACCUUCGUUCAACUUAGAUACGCUAUUAACACCUACAUUAGAUGUUCUGAAAAGCAGCAUGUUUUCUGCUGGGAAAGGGGUUGCAGAGAAAGCUAGCAAGUGGUAUUCAAAGUUUACUAUGUAUGCUGCAUCCUCAAAGGAUCAAAAUUCAGACCGAGCAAGUGUUUCAUCUCUUGGAGUUCUGGAUUCAGAAUCUACCUCUCUAACUGAUGAAGAUGUCUGCAAUGACUUUGAAGGUACUUCGUCUCCUCAAGAGAACAAUGACACCUCAGUAAUGAAGGGAAUUGGUCUAAGUAGGACAAGCCUAGAAAGUUCAGCUUCUCAUGAUGGCUCAUCCAAGCAAUUCUAUCACUGUGGUUCCCUUUCAAAGUUCCCCUUGCCUGACAAAUCAGAGUUGAUGUCUUCUUGCAGCACAAGCAGCACCAGUAUGUUUCAGAACUAUGCUAUGGAGGUACUCAUCUCAAGCUGCUCGCGAUGUCGAACUUGUGACUGUCUGGUUCAUGAUGAAGAAAUCAUGGCAGGAUGGACUGCAGAUGAUUCAAAUCUCAAUAGCACAUGUCCUUUCUGUGGCAACCUAUUCCUGCCUUUUUUGAAUAUUGAAAUCCGAGAUCUGCGGCGACCUGGGAGGUACUUUCUGAAGUCCAGUCCAUCUACAGAGAAUAUGCAGCUUCUAUCACCUUUUUCAAAUCAGACAGGAAAGUCCUGUAUCUCUACUCCCACAUCAUGUCUUGCUACAUCUGUAAUGCCUGUUCAAGAUGAUUUUAAUUCAAAAUGCAAAUCUAAACAACAGGACAACUCUUGUGCAAGAAGUAUCCAAAUCCCUUCAGGAAGAAGACACAAUAUUGCUGGGUCAGAAUGUCCAAGUCACUCUGUAGCAAGAAGUGUCAGUACUUAUGGUCCACUGGAAGAAGAUGAGAAGGGAAGCCGGAAGCUCAGCCAUAUUGUGCCCACUGGCAGCCUGCCAACCACUUUGCAAGGCACAAUGGAUUCUUUGGGACUGGAAUGGCGUUUAUGUAGUCCUGACCCCAUCACUGUUCCUUACCUAAGUCCUCUAGUGGUAUGGAAAGAGCUUGAAAGCUUGCUUGAAAAUGAAGGGGAUCGUGUGAUAACAGUGGCAGAUUUUGUAGACCAUCAUCCUAUCGUGUUUUGGAAUCUGGUGUGGUAUUUCAGGCGUCUGGACUUGCCCAGUAACUUACCAGGACUAAUACUUUCUUCUGAGCACUGUAAUAAAAAUUCAAAGAUCCCACGAAACUGCAUGUCAGAGGAUAGUAAAUAUGUUCUCAUUCAGAUGCUGUGGGACAAUAUGAAGUUACAUCAGGAUCCAGGACAGCCCCUAUAUAUUCUGUGGAAUGCACAGAGUCAAAAUCGUACUCUUUUGUUUGAGACCCAAAAGUAUCCAGUGGUCCAUUUAUUGCAAAAAGAUGAUGACUCCUUUAACCAGGAGCUCUUGAGAAGCAUGGUGAAAAGUAUUAAGAUGAAUGAUGUCUAUGGACCAAUGAGUCAAAUCUUAGAGCGAUUGAACAAAUGGCCACAGAUUAAAAGACAGAGGAGCCUCUAUAGAGAAAUAUUAUUUCUUUCACUUGUUGCUCUAGGAAGAGAGAACAUUGAUAUAGAUGCUUUUGACAGAGAAUACAAAAUGGCCUAUGAUCGUCUCACAGCUAAUCAGGUCAAGAGCACUCACAACUGCGAUAGACCACCGAGCACUGGAGUGAUGGAAUGCCGAAAGAUUUUUGGAGAACCAUAUCUUUAAUAUAUAUAUAUUUAUUUUAAUUAAUUGUAUACAUUUGUAAAGUCACAAAGAACAUCUUGGUCUUCAGUGUUUGAGAAACAUAUUUACAAAUGUACUGUGUCAGACUGGGAAAAAUUGGGCCCAUGAACAGUUACAAAAAUGAACAAUGAGCAAAGAAGGGGCCAGAUAUUCCUUUCCUCUCCCUGCUUCUCCCUCAAAUCAUUUUGUGGAGUAGGGGACUCUAAACUAAAUCAGUUCUCUAACGGGGGACAACAUUUUACAGUCCUUUAAAGAAAACUUGGGAGAGGCAGACAAAAAUGAUGCACUGAAACUAGCAAGAGUGAAGUAAAUUCUGCAAAUCUGUUUACAUAGAAUAUUCAAAAUGUUACAAAGAGCAUAUAAAGUUAUAUUUUACAUAUUUUAAAUUGUUUAUAGUAAGUUGAUAUUUUUUUAAUCUUUUUAAUUACUCUAGUGAAUUAUAAAUGAAUUUAUUGCAUAAGCAAUACAGUGCUCAUUUUUUUCUGCUAUUUAUAGUACCUGGUCCAAUUAGGUUUUGAAAAUAUUAUUGGUUUUUGAAGUGGUCUAUAAUUUCAGCACUGUCCUAGGUAACAUUCUGGGGCCAGUAUUUCUCUCACACACGCGCACACACACACACAAUUAUGUACUACCACUGCAAUUAGAUGAAAAGUAUGGCAAACUUGUGUAAAAAUAUGGUUAACAACACUCUGUUGACUCUGUACAGUAUCUUUAUUUCUGUAGAAGUCCCCCACAAAAUUCUGUAAUACAUUGAAGGAUCCCACAAUUUACUUUAAAGAGAUCCAACACUUUUUACCUGUUGGCAUUCACUAAUUUAAUACAUCUCUGGAUAUAGAUUACAAGAUGUAUAGCAAAUAGCUUACAAAAAUAGUUCCACAUAAAAUGUAUAGUGUACAGUCCUGUAUAUGGAGGUGUAGGUAUCUUUAUAAAUGCCCUAAACCUGGCACUCAGUUCAUGAUGGUCCAAAGCUACACUUUUUUUUUUAAAUAAGAAAAUGGAUAUGGCAAAUAUACUACAUGAAAUAUAUAGGGAAUUGAAUACAUUGGGAUAUGCUGUAUGUUAGAAGGUAUAUUUGGAUUGGCUGAUCUUAUGUUUCACAGCCAACACAGUAACUUUGGUUCUGUAAAGAAAAUAUUGCUGCAUAACUCUCCACCUUGGAGUCAUGACUUCUGGCUCAUGGUUUAAAGUUCUAGAAAUUUCAGAAAACAUUACGCACUCAUUCACAGCAGCUACACGCCAGAAAGUGGGGUUUAUGUAUAAAGUAUCAAAGGUUCCAUGUGCAAGUUUUUUCCUACCACCCUGCAGCACUGGAGGUGGAGAAGACUCUUUCAAUCUUUGAGAGACAGGUUUGGGUUUGCCUUCCUGCAGACAUCCCUCAACCUUUCUAAUUUCCAAGAGCAAGCCUACCAUGAUAUUUACCUAGGUGGAAAGGAUAAAUAUACCUUUUUGUGAGCUGUAGCUCACGAAAGCUUAUGCUCAAAUAAAUUUGUUAGUCUCUAAGGUGCCACACGUACUCGUUUUCAGUUUACUCUUAACAUUACAUGCAAAAUACAUCUUGACCCACGUUUCGUCUUUUUGGAUCAGCUUUCAUUGAAUAAUACCUCUUUUUCUAAGAUGCUGCUAAUCAUGUAGCUAUUUUUUUCUUUAUGGGGAGAUAGCAAUGUUAUAUUUACCACCAGUUUUCAAUGCUUAAUUAUUUUAAAAAUUUAUGAUUUAUUUUGUAGUGCCCACAUCUUCUGAAAAGCAUUCCUCACUGAUAUUGUAACACUACCAUAUUAAUCAUCAGUCACAAUACGUGAUAAAUACACUGCCAACAUGUUCAGCUCAGUCUUCAGAACAAGCGUGCAGAAUACAUGAUCAUUACUUUUGAACUUACUCAUAGUAAGUACCUAGUAACAUGUAUGCAUGCUCUGCUGUAGCUACAUUGUAUUUACCAAGUAAGUUACCUACAGUAGUUGCCAUGUAUGUAAAUAACUACCUGCAUAUUUGUGCUGUGUAUAAUGCAGUGUUAUACCACUUUCUUUAAAUCCUGUUUCCUACUACAGUUACUACUACUUGAUAAUCACCAUUUUAUAAUUCCUAAUAACCAUGAAGGAGAACAAGCUGUUUCUCCAGAGCUGUCAUGGGUGUUAUAGAAGUAUUUGGAAAGCUAUGAGGCAGGCUUCAUGUUUUAGAUUGAGCAGUUAGCCUGUACUGGCACAAGUAUCUGAGUCUGGUCUCCAAACCAAGUCUCAUUUGAUAGUGCAUUACAUUGCAACUAUGCACUUGUGCUAGCACAGAAUAUCAACAUAUUUAAUACAUAGCCCAAUCCUUUAGCCCAGCUUGCUUAUGAUUACUUUCUACUACCGUAAUUGUAGAGGAUCAAACAAGUUUGCCAGCUUAUACAGGUAUGAAAAGUCCCUUCAGUGUGUAUCGAAAGCACAUAAUGUACCAUAAAAAUAUUGUGUGUGUCUCAUUAUUUCAGGCAAGCAAUUUUAGCGUGCCCUUGCCCUCUUAAGACUGCAUUUCUAAAAGGUUGCUGAUGUUUAGUUGAGCUUGCUUUACAUUAAUAUAUCAUGUAGUUUUUAUUUAUCAAAUGAAAUCAUUAUACACUUAACUUUUAAAUACUCAUUUUGUAAAACCUGUUGCAAGUAGGUCAACUGUAGAAACAUAACAUAAGAAUGGCCAUACUGGGUUAGACCAAUGGUCCAUCUAGCCAAGUAUGCUGUCUUCCAACAGUGGCCAAUGUCAGAUGCUUCAAAAGGAAUAAACAGAACAGGGCAAUUGUCAAGUGAUCCAUACCCUGUCAUUCAGUCCCAGUUUAUGGCAGUCAAAGACUUGGGGACAUCCAGUGCAUGGGGUUGCUUCCCUGACCAUCUUGGCUAAUAGGUUCAUCAGUGGCUAUCUUCCAUGAACUUAUCUGAUUCUUUUUUUUACCCAGUUAUAGUUUUAACUUUUGGCCGUCACAAUAUACCCUGGCAACAAGUUCUACAGGUUGACUGUGUGUUGUGUGAAGUACUUCCUUUUGUUUGUUUUCAGCCUGCUGUCUAAUAAUUUCAUUAGAUGACCCCGGGUUCUUGUGUUAUGUGAAGGGGUAAAUAACACUUCCUUAUUCAUUUUUCUCCACCCCAUUCAUGAUUUUACAGCCUUCUAUCAGAUCCCCCUUAGUCGUCUCUUUUUUUCCCAAUCUGAAGAGUCAGAGUUUUUCAUCUUUCCUCCUAUGGAAGCUGUUCCGUACCCUUAAUCAUUUUUGUUCCCCUUCUCUUUUUUCUUUUCCAUUUUUAAUAUAUCUUUUUGAGCUGGGAUGACCAGAACUGCACGCAAUAUUCAAAGUGUGGGCAUAUCAUGGAUUUAUAUAGUGGCAUUAUAAUAUUUUUAUCUUCUCUAUCGCUUUCCUAAUGGUUCCUAACGUUUAGUUUUUUCAGCUGCUUCUCACAUUGAGUAGAUGUUUUUAGAAAAUGAUCCAUGAUGACUCUAAGAUCUUUCUUGAGUGAUAACAGCUAAUUUAGACCCCAUCAUUUUGUAUGUAUAGUUGGGAUUAUGUUUUCCAAUGCAUUACUUUGCAUUUAUCAACAUUGAAUUUCAUCUGCCAUUUUGUUCGCAGUCACCAAGUUUUGUGAGAUUCCUUUGUAACUCUUCACAGUCUGCUUUGGACUUGACUAUCUUGAGUAAUUUUGUAUUGUCUACAAACCUUGCCACCUCAUUAUUUAUCCCUUUUUCCAGAUCGUUUGAGAAAUAUAAAAUGAUAUCUGAGAAACUGGUACAUUUUUAGAUGAAUGAGAAAUUCUCCUCAUUCAGAUGGUAAUAAUGUGGUGGUCAGAAUGCAGGUCCUGAAGGUGGAAAGUUUUUAAGCAUCAUACAAUCCAAUAUUGAAAUAAUUUUCAGCCUUCACUGUCCUUUAUUAAAAAAGCAUUUUGAUUGUUUUCCAGUAUUGCGAGGAUGAAAAUAUUUUCUAGUACUUCUGGAAUAUUUUCAAUUUUAAAAAUUGUAAAAUACUAUGUGUACUAUAUAGUGCUUCUUUCCAUUAACUUUAAAUAUGUGUUUUACAUUUUAGUGCAAUAUAUAUACCAUGCUUUUCUCUUGUUCGAACCAUAGCAGCAGAGGGGAAAAGUACUGUUAGGGAUGGAAUAAUGAGAUGCUAUUAGAAGUGGAAAUUUUUCUCAGUGACUGUUAAAUACUGCCCAUUGCCAUUAGGUUUGCUCUUGGUACAGUUAUGAUAAAAUGAUUUAUUAAAUUUCCACAGACAAAUAAUUUCUAGCCCAACAAAAGAAAGGAACAAUUUCUGCAUGCAAAAUUUUUGUAUAACAAAUGGAAGGUACAAAUUUUAAUUUCAGAGAGGGGGUAUUUCUAGAUAUUAUAAUAUUCUCACCUGGAUUUUAAAAUGGUACUGUGUUAGUCUGCAAACAGCACUUUUUAAAUGAAUGGUUGUAGAUUUGUAAAUAUGUAACAUUUAAAUUUUAUUUACCAAAAAGAACAUCAGUUUGUUGGAUGUUUAUUUUGUUUUGUAAUUCAUUUAAAAUAUAUAGGUCACUGUUCACAAUGAUAAACCUUUUUGUCUCAUCCAAAAGAAUAAAAGUUCAAAGUUUUACAAGUAAAUAAAAAGCUAAAGUUCUCAGGA